AUGUUCAUAUUAAAAGAUGGGGAGCCUUGGUCGUGCGCGGUCAAAGAUAGACAUCUACAUCCCGAAUACGAAUACAUAACAUAUAAUACGAUAGCAUUGAUUGAAUUGGACUAUGAGUUCAAUGACGAUUUAAUCCCGAUAUGUACACCAAAUAUCAAUUACAACACCAAAAAUCAAUUGUACGCGUUGGGUUAUGUAGAUGAUAAUCGGCUUUUAGAAAAAGCUAUUUACAACAUCGAAUACGUGAAUCGGGAUUUGUGUGAUGACUUUUACAAUCGUGUUGGGUUUAAAUACGAAGAUAACCUUUACAAACCAACGACCUAUUACUGUGGGUUUGCUAAGAAUAAUAAGAAUAAUUGUGUGUGGGAGAAUGGCAUGGUACUUGCUUCUAAUACUACUGGAGUAUGGGUUUUGAUUGGCUUCAGUAUAAAAGGACCAGGUUGCGCCUCUCCAAUACGUUUCUUAGACAUAUUGUCGUAUCUACAGUGGAUUGAAACAUCUACGGACGAAGUUAAUAUAUUCUGA